AUGGAUUGUGGCCCAGUUCUGCCGGACAGCCUGGUGUUAGAAAUCUUCCUGCAUCUGCCCCAUGAUGCCGUGUUGAGAGCGAGUCUGACCUGCAGACAGUGGCUGGCUGUCUCCAGAGAUGAGUUCCUUUGGAGGGAGCUGUUCUACAGCUACUACCGCAUACCACGCUCUGUUCCCCGACACCCAGCGGCAGUGUCGUGGUACAGGGAGUUCAGGCGUCUGUUUGACUGCAUCCCCUGUGUGGAGGUUCAGACGCUGAGAGAGCACAGUGACCAAGUCCUCCACCUGGCUUUCUCUCACAGGGGCCACCGGUUCUCCUCCUGCUCCAAAGACUGCACUGUGAAGCUAUGGGACACGGAGCGGCUAGAUGGUCAUAUCUCGCUGGUGCACAGCUCCAGCAUGCGGCAGUUUAACUGGGGCUACACCCAGUUCUCCCAGUUCAACGCUGACGACACCCUGCUGCUCGUGUCUGGUGUCUACCUGGGCCCACACCACUCCUCGUCUGGGGAAAUCGCUGUCAUCAGUCUGGAAAAUUACACGCUGUUGUCGCGCGUGAGGAACAAGCCGUACGAUGUGUUUGGCUGCUGGUUGAACGAGACCCACCUGAUCUCUGGGAACCUGCACUGGAUAGGCAACAUGACGUCCUGCUCUGUGCUCUGGCUCAAUAAAGCCUUCCAGGAUGUUGAAUCGGAAAACGUCAACGUGGUCAAGCGCCUUUUCAAGAUCCAGAACAUCAAUGCCAGCACCAUACGCACAGUGAUGGUGGCCCACUGCCGUCGUCAUGACAACCCGGACUUGCUGCUGGACUACGAGGCUCAGUCUCAGGCUCGAAGGCAGAAAGGGCAGCAGCAGCAGCAGCACCAGCCCCUGCUCUUUGACCUGGGAACCUCCGGCAGUGACGAAGAAGAUGAGGAGUUAGAGGACGAGGAGUGCCAGAGGGAAGCCAGGUGUCACGGCCUCCCCACUGCCCGCCAUUCUCAGCCCACCAUGUCGGGCCUGGAGCACGUUAUACAGAGUAAAAAUGUAGGGCCCAGGGAGCUGGCAAUUGAGACCCGGGUGGCUCAGAUGAUGGGCAGAGCCCACACUAAGGCCCCUGACUCCAGCUUGAUUGAGCCCUCUGAUCACGAGGAGGUAGAGGACAAAACGUAUUUACUCUUUACUACUGGCAGCCUUACAUACUCCCCUCACCAGAUAGGUAUAAAGCGGAUCAAGCCGGACCAGAUGACCACUUGUGGUCCUGUACUCGGAGAAGAGCGAAGCUCAGAUGAAUUUUUUGAUUCCCUGGACCAUGUCAUUGAUAUCCAUGGACACAUCAUUGGUAUGGGCCUUUCUCCAGACCACAGGUACCUUUAUGUGAAUAGCCGGGCUUGGCCAUCCGGGUGUGUGAUCUCCGACCCAAUGUCUCCUCCUCCUAUUGCAGAGGAGAUAGACCUGCAUGUGAUCGAUCUGAAGAGCCUGAGGGAGGAGAGAAGGAGCCUGCGUGCUCACAGAGCCUUCACGCCUAACGACGAGUGCUUCUUUAUCUUCCUUGAUGUCAGCAGGGACUUUGUUGCCAGUGGAGCAGAGGACAAGCACGGCUACAUCUGGGACCGACACUACAACAUCUGUCUGGCACGUCUGGCACACGACGAUGUGGUGAACUCGGUGGCAUUCAGCCCCGCUGACCAGGAGCUACUGCUGUCUGCUAGCGAUGACUCUACCAUUAAGGUGUGGCGCUCACCUCACAUGAUCCGCCUGGCGCAGUGCCCCGCCCGGCCACCGAGGCCCCGCAGCCUGCUGCCGUCCUGGCUGAGCCGCAACAAGAACUCUUCCAGCAGAGUCAAUGGAAAACCAUGAGUCAGGUUGGGAAACACUUGGGAGGGAGCAAGGGGAGGAAAGUUUGAUCUGUUUCCUCUGUGGUGUGUAUGUGUGUGUGUAUGUGUGUGUAUUUAUGUAUAUAUGUGUGUGUGUGUGUAUAUGUAUAGAUAUAUAUAUAUAUAUACACACACAUAAAUACAUUUACACACUACACUCCAUCUAUAUGUACAGUGUGGUUACAUUCAGUGGUUUUGCUUGAGCUCACGGUGUUGUGAUACACAGACGUGUUCAGUGUCUUACCUAGUCUGUAGGUUUAGACACAAGAGAGCGCCGUUGCUCCAGAAAAGGACAGAAAUCACCACAGCCUCUGUUGUGCUGUUCACAAGAGUGACAUGAAAUGUUAUCACAGAUAAAGAUAGUGUAGAGCUAAUCCGUUAAUGCACAAGACAGACAUCCAAACAUGUUCCCUAAGAGAUGGUUUCUGUCUGUUUAUAUCUGUAAUGUUGCGUCUUAACAGGCCAGACACUGGACUCCUGGAUCUGAGGUGUAAAUGUAUUUAAAUGUACUGCAGAGACGGCACCUUAAGAUCGCUGUUGUCAUGUCCUGCUCAUCAAAGUGCUGUAACUGAGUCAUUUCAGAGAUGUCUUUUCUUACUUAUAUAUAUCCAAUUGAUGUCUUGAGUAUAAACACAUCCAUACACCUUGUUUUCAGAGAAUUACAAAAACCCACUACAUUGGUACAUUGUGCAACUACAUUGAUACCCAAAAGGGAAGACAGCAUUUAGCUAUAUUUACUGCAGUCUGCCUUGGUUUUUAAAUACAUCCCAUCCCAUUGUUUUUGUGCCCCAGAAAUGAUUCUUCACUAUCCUAUUCAACAUAGAAUUAUUGAGUAAUUUAAUCUAGAAGAGUUGUUGAGGGACAGUUGGUGUGAAGACUGUGAAGAAAAAAAAAGUUGUUUGUGUAGCUAAUCUUUAUUUGGGCCUAUAUUUUGUAGAAAUACAUUUAAACACCUUUUAUUCAUCUGUAGCACAAAGCUGCACCUAAGAAAGUCAAGUCUCCUGGACUAUUUUAUUUUAUUAAAAGAAAAUUGAUUUUCUUUCCAAGCAGCACUUCCCCACUUAAAGUCUACAAUCCCAGUAUGGAGUGUGGGGUACCUGGACAUACAGACCUAUGUACUGUACAGGAAGCUGCACCUUUCCUGUCAGCACGCAACCAUCCUUUUAAAAUCAGUCGUGAGAUGUAUUAUUUUCUAUUAAAUAGUGUGCACAAGCAUAGUUAAACUACUUAUUUAUAUACUUUACAUCCCCUUCAGGAGACAUAGGGUAUGAUUUGAUCAGUGUGAUGAGGUUGAGGAGGUAGUCAUUAUUUUAACAUGGCCCAAAUGAUUAAAAUCUCUCUAUCUCAGAUAUUCAGUAAAUUGGCAUUUUUAUUCAAGUUGUAAUUCUAUUGAAAGAAGAGCUUGUACACAACAGUCAAGCAGUAUUUAAUUUGAGCAAGAACAAUAAAGAAAAGCAUCAAUGUCAUGGAGAUUUCAAGUCACAGAAAUGUCACCCGAUUCUUUAAUUUGCACAUCAUGUGUGUGUGUAGCACACCUUAAAAGUACCAGAGGAUAUCUUAACUUAAAUGAAUAUAAUAAUUUGAAAUGCUUAUGCAGACCAAAUUCAAGUCAUAAAAAAGUAUAAAGGACAGUAUGACGAUUAAAAACAAAAAACUAAUUCUGCCUCAAGCCUGAUCAACGCAUCUGUGGUUUUGUUUUUGUUUUUUGGGUCCCAACAGUCUUUAAAUGUUUCUGUGUACAUGGGUUACCCCUUUACUUUUCAUCAUCCUGUAGUCCUCUUGGAGGUCCAUUGCUCUUGGACUGGUCUCAAGUAAAACAAAAAGUAAUACAUAAGAAAUGCCCAUUUUUUCUAGUUUUACCAGCGUAAGGUUCAGGUACUUCACCUGGUAGAUAUUUGUGUUUCCUUGGAGAUUCCCUGCUGAAGGUGUCUGAUUGUAUUUGCAUGUCAAGGUUUCAGAGAAAUCUGUGUGAAUUAGUCACUUCAUCAGCUGACCCUUGCUACCAAUUGAACAAUAUCUCCCAUGUUUUGAAAUGUCUGUUGUAAGUCAUGAACUUUCUGACACUUAAACACACUUAACACUCUCUUUCAUUUCAUGUCAUGUCAUUUCUACUUUAGCUCCAUCUUUUUAAUCAUAUUCCCUGUCCUCUAAUGUUAUUUUCAUACUCCCCUGAAAUAAAAAGCAUGCCCUGAAAGGCCAGAAUUCUG